AUGGACACUACACUGCCUGAUGCCUUUGCCCCGGCACCUAUGAACUCCUCAGCUGGAUAUGACACAAAUAUCACCACAAAUAGUGCUGCAGGUGGAGAAACAACUGCGUCUCGGAUCAGAGUUGAUGAGCCUCCUAAAUUGGAUCUCGAACCAUACAUUGACAAUUACACUGGACGAACUCGCUUCCACCGUCUAUAUCUCAUCGGCACUACUUCCACCGUACUCGCGGUCGAUGCACUAAAACAGGCGGUUGCUGAAGCUAAGUCUGGCAAGGAUGUGGCGCUGUAUGAAAAAGCAGUUCGCGCUCUGGCUGAGGUCGCUCCAGAUGAAGAGGGUGCUUCUCUGGACUCCGCGUGGGUACAAGAGAUUCAAAAAAGUGUGAGAUCACAGACGGAUCGGUUGGAGCAUGAGCUUCGUGGUUACAAGAAUAAUUUGAUCAAAGAGAGCAUUCGGAUGGGCAAUGAGGAUUUAGGCAACCACUACUAUGAGACCGGCGACUUAAUUGCAGCGUCUAAGGCAUACUCUCGCAUGCGUGACUUCUGCACAACUCCUAAUCACGUUGGCUCUAUGCUUUUCAAGCUCAUCGGCGUCUCGAUUGAACGAGGCGACUGGCUUAGUGUGCAGUCUUACGUGCACCGACUACGCAAUGCUCAAUCCAAACCUGAAGAUCUAGCCCAGAACCAGCCCAAAAUGUCGGUCGCACUGGGUUUGGCUCAGAUGAGCCAAGGGUCAUAUCUUGAAGCUGCAAACUCCUUCCUGACAGUGGCCGCCACCCUAGGUGAUACGUACCAGGACGUGAUCAGCCCCAACGAUGUUGCUGUUUAUGGCGGUCUCUGUGCUCUGGCCUCCAUGGAUCGCACCGAAUUGCAACAUCGCGUGCUGGACAACACCUCCUUCCGCCCUUUCCUGGAACUUGAACCACACAUUCGCCGUGCCAUCACUUUCUUCUGCAACUCCAAGUUCCGUCCAUGCAUUGAUAUUUUAGAGGCCUAUCGCCCUGACUACCUUCUUGAUAUUCAUCUCCAGCCCCACGUCUCCGCCAUCUACACUCAGAUCCGCAUUAAGUCUAUCCAUCAGUACCUUGUCCCUUUCAGCAAGGCCACCCUCGACUCUAUGGCGACCAUAUUUGCUCCCAAUGAAGUGGGUCAGCGCAUCGGAAUUGAGUCUCCCUUUUUGCAGGAGCUCAUCCGGCUCAUCCAGGACGAUGUUCUCGAUGUCCGUAUUGACCUUGAGCUUGGCUUACUGGUCCGAAACCAGCACGACCUGCGAGCCGAGAUGCAGACUGAGGCAUUGCAAAACAUGAUGGCCUUCAACGAGGAGCUUCAUUGGCGCAUGCUGGCGGCAGGUGUCGUUAAUGCUGGACUACAAGUUCCGGCGCCCCCUCCUGCUGACCGGGGUUGGCGGCCCGACUCGGAGGAUCCGCGAUUCCCUCACCCUGGCUCCGGUUAA